AUGUCAACUAUAAGACCGUCCGAUCAUUUUGGUGACAAUCCAGGUGAUCAAGAAGAUUCUGUGGACUUUGAAUUUUUUGAAGAACACAGAGAGUCUAUACCGGGAUCAUUGAAAAAGAAUGACAACAAUAACUCAAAUUUAGUUAAAGCAAACAAUAAAACUUUUGUAGUAGAAGAAAAACAGGAAGGUGAUCUGUAUAAACGGAAUGAAGAUCUUGAAUUAAGCGAUGAAACAUAUCAUAGCACUGAAGAGGAAGAAAAGAACAAGAAGGGGAUAGAAGAUGAAAAUAAUUGGGUUAAGAGUCCAACAUUUCACAAAUCAGUUAACAAUUCUGAUAAAAGUAAUAGAAAUAAAGCUGUAGUGAAGGAUAUUGACAGUGACUCAGUGAAUGAUGAUGACGAAGAAGAACAAUCAAUUUCAUCUGGCGACAUUUCUAAUAUUCCUAGAUAUAAAAACAGAAAUGUAACAUCUAGAAAUUCUCCAAUACGACAAUCACCAAAUAAAAAUAAUGACCGGAAAAAGCAAACCAGACCCUCAUUUCGUAUUGCUUCGAAUUCUGAUAUUUUUAAUAUGAACAAUGAAUGUAUUAAUGUUGCACAAAUUGCAGAUGCUUUGAAAAGUUUUGACAAAAAAAUACAUCGUUUACAUAUUCGUCCACCAUGGAAAGAUCCGAAUUCAAGACCACUUCCAAGUGAUCGGACAACAGCAUUUUAUAACAUGUACGAGGAUUAUUUAAAAUAUCGAAAUCAGCGACCAUUGUCAAGUUUAGGAUAUUCAACAACAAAAUGUUUGAAUGACGAAAUAGCUGUGCGUAGAUUGUACCAUUCAACACUGAAUCGUUUGCGUCAAAAUGAAAAAAUACAGCUGGAAAACUAUGAAUUAGCUAAGCGCUUACAAAAAAUUCGACCAACAACUGGUAUGACUAAAGAAGAACAAUUACGAGAUUAUAAAAAGUAUUUUAUUACACCGAACUCAUUGUAUCCUUAUUAUAAAUCUGAUUUUAUUUCUUAUCGAAAAAAUUCUCAUAUAAAUCAAAACCUUAUUAAAAAUAAAAAACAAAUUAAUACUUUAAAACCAAAUGAAUUCACAUCUAAAUCUGUAAAUAAUAAUUCAUCAUACAAUAAAUACCAAACGAGUAAUAAUAAUAAUAAUGAUAAAAAUAAUUUGAAGCGAUCAAACAAAGAUGUGAAAGAAAAAAUAAAACUUGAAAAUUCUUAUAAUUCUGAAUUUAAACAUGAAUCACAUGAUUCACAUUCUUCUACAUUGAAUCAUCAAGUGAAAUAUUCGAAACAAUUCAAUAAACCAAUCAUUGUUAAACAACAACAAUCUUCCAAUAAUCGUCCAUCAUCAUCAUCAUCAUCGUCAACAUCAUCAACAUCUUCAAGUUCAUUUAAUUCAUCAUCUGAAUUAUCAGUGAAAUAAUAAUAAAAAAAUAUACUUUUAAAAUGAAUUAAUUUUCAAAUUUUACUCAAUUUAUUUAUUUUUUGUUUUUGGAAAAAA